CGGCCUUCCAUUCUCGCGGGGAGGAACAGGACAGGGAGAAGAACCCCAAGAAGCGGAGCAUUAGGAGAACUAGAAGACAGAGGGCGGGGGGAGGGCGCGGAAAGGCGGGGCUUCCUCCUCCAACGGCUCCCGGGCAGAGUCACGCCUCUUGCGCUGCAGCCCCGCCUCGGCUGUGAAUUGCCUGAGGACCUGGCUGGCUCCCCACCCUCAGGAGGAGGCGAAGUGGCAUCCUGCUCACUUCUAAGCGGACAGGCACAGUGCGUUCUAGACGAUCCCUACGUGGGCAGCCUCACGGCUCUUGCAGAGGAUGGACCUGCGCACCAUGACCCAGUCGCUGGUGACCCUGGCAGAGGACAACAUGGCCUUCUUCUCCAGCCAGGGCCCCGGGGAGACGGCCCGGCGGCUGACGGGCGUCUUUGCGGGCAUUCGGGAGCAGGCCCUGGGGCUGGAGCCGGCCCUGGGCCGCCUGCUGAGCGUGGCGCACCUCUUUGACCUGGACACAGAGACGCCGGCCAACGGCUACCGCAGCCUGGUGCACACGGCCCGCUGCUGCCUGGCGCACCUGCUGCACAAAUCGCGCUACGUGGCCUCCAACCGCCGCAGCAUCUUCUUUCGCACCAGCCACAACCUGGCCGAGCUCGAGGCCUACCUGGCCGCCCUCACCCAGCUCCGUGCUCUGGCUUACUACGCCCAGCACCUGCUGACCACCAACCAGCCCGGGAGGCUCUUCUUUGAGGGCGACGAGAGGGUCAUUGCCGACUUCCUACAAGAGUACGUCACGCUGCACAAAGGCUGCUUCUACGGCCGCUGCCUGGGUUUCCAGUUCACGCCCGCCAUCCGGCCGUUCCUGCAGACCAUCUCCAUCGGACUGGUGUCCUUCGGGGAGCACUACAAACGCAACGAGACUGGCAUCAGUGUGACCGCCAGCUCCCUCUUCACUGGCGGCCGCUUUGCCAUCGACCCUGAGCUGCGUGGGGCCGAGUUUGAGCGGAUCAUUCAGAACCUGGACGUGCACUUCUGGAAAGCCUUCUGGAAUAUCACCGAGAUCCAGGUGCUAUCGUCUCUAGCAAACAUGGCCUCGACCACUGUGAGGGUAAGCCGCCUGCUCAGCCUGCCACCCGUCGCCUUUGAAAUGCCUCUGACCUCGGACCCCGAGCUCACGGUCACCAUCUCACCCCCGCUGGCCCACACAGGCCCUGGGCCCGUCCUCGUCAGGCUUAUCUCCUAUGACCUGCGGGAAGGACAGGACAGCAAGGAGCUCAGCAGCUUCGUGAAGUCCGAGGGCCCCAGGAGCCUGGAGCUGCGGCUGCGCCCCCAGCAGGCACCCCGCUCCAGGGCCCUGGUGGUGCACAUCCAUGGUGGCGGCUUCGUGGCCCAGACCUCCAAGUCCCACGAGCCUUACCUCAAGAGCUGGGCCCAGGAGCUGGGUGUUCCCAUCCUCUCCAUCGACUACUCCCUGGCCCCCGAGGCCCCCUUCCCCCGGGCGCUCGAAGAGUGCUUCUACGCCUACUGCUGGGCCGUCAAGCACUGCGCCCUGCUCGGCUCAACAGGUGAACGGAUAUGCCUCGCCGGAGACAGCGCCGGCGGGAACCUCUGCUUCACUGUGUCCCUUCGGGCAGCGGCCUACGGGGUGCGCGUGCCAGAUGGCAUCAUGGCGGCCUACCCGGCCACCAUGCUUCAGUCUACCGCCUCCCCUUCCCGCCUGCUGAGCCUCAUGGACCCCCUGCUGCCUCUCAGCGUGCUCUCCAAGUGCGUCAGCGCCUAUGCCGGUGCGGAGACUGAGGACCACCCCGACUCAGACCAGAAGGCGCUGGGCGUGAUGGGGCUCGUGCAGCGGGACACGGCCCUGCUCUUGCGAGACCUCCGCCUGGGCGCCUCCUCGUGGCUCAACUCCUUCUUGGAGCUGGGUGGGCAAAAGUCCCACCUGAAAUCAGUGCCCAAGACAGAGCCAAUGCGGCGCAGUGUGUCUGAAGCAGCCCUGACUCAGCCGGAGGGCCCACUGGGAACCGACUCCCUCAAGAGCCUGAAGCUGCAUGACCUGGGCCUCAGGAACAGCAGCGACACAACAGACACGCCAGAGCUGUCACUGUCCGCGGAGAUACUCGGCUCCUCCGCACCCUCAACCGUCAACUUCUUACUUGGGUCUGAGGAUGAAUCUGAAGUGUCUGAGGCCCCAGAGGAGCUGAACAGCAAGGACCGAAUUCGAGGUGUGGGCUCGGCCUUCCCCGAGGGUUUCCACCCACGGCGCUGCAGCCAGGGUGCCAUGUGGAUGCCCCUCUACUCAGCCCCCAUCGUCAAGAACCCCUUCAUGUCGCCGCUGCUGGCACCGGACAGCAUGCUGCAGACCCUGCCACCUGUGCACAUCGUGGCUUGCGCGCUGGACCCCAUGCUGGACGACUCGGUCAUGUUCGCGCGGCGGCUCCGCGGCCUGGGCCAGCCCGUGACGCUGCGCGUGGUGGAGGACCUGCCGCACGGCUUCCUGAGCCUGGCGGCGCUGUGCCGGGAGACGCGGCAGGCAGCCGCGCUGUGCGUGGAGCGCAUCCGCCUCAUCCUCAAUCUUCCCAGCCCGCCGGUCUGAGCCGGGGCACGGAGCCAGGCCCCGCGGGGAGAGGGGAGUCGUGGGGGGCGACACUAAAGGCCACUUGUACUCAUCUGCCGCAGGGCUCCCUGGUGAAUGCGCCUUGGGAAGGGCGGUGGGGACCCCGGGCCCGGGCUCCCCGGCCCAUCCAGGCCCUCGGGCUGGGUGGAAGGGGGCGGGCUGUGCCUUAAGUGGGGGGAACGGCAUGGGGAGAGUCAGGCGGGGGCCCCCUCCCCAAAGCUAAGACCCUGGCCUGGGAGAGGAGGGCGCACACAAACCAGCCUCAGAGACAGCCGGACUUGCACGGGAUCACUGCCUUCUAUUGCUGUGACCACUGCAGGGGCGGGCCUGGCCCGACCUUGCAGAUCGAUUUGCUUUGUUUGUUUCUUGUAAAUAAAAGUAUUUAAUUAGUUUGGCCUCUGGCAAAUA